AAAAAGGCUGACACAAAAAUUCAAGUCGUCUCCAGCAAUCAAGCACAUUUCAACCAACAAAGCAAGCCACUGCUGUACCCACACCAUUUUACCGGGCGGAUAUGAUGAAACCUUUUAACAAUCUUGUCGCCUUUGUCGUUCUAUCGACGUUGGGAAAUGCGACCGCCUUUGAGCAACUGUCAUUCUCUUCGCCUGCUGCUUCUCAGCUUUCCGGCUCGGAAAUCAUCAUACGUGAUCUCGCCGACUUUGAUUGGGAAAUCACGCCUCUUGAUGGAUAUCCCAUCAUUGCCUUCAACACUACUGAAGGCAACGACGAGCUUGUGUUUCGCUACAACUAUACCGGCGACUUGGUCGAGGGCGAGAAGCAGCUGACCGCCAGACUCUUGCUACCAGACUGCAUCAACGACGGAGACAACUCUGUUGUCCGCAGUCCUCCCAGUGCACUCAGCAACAACGAAUAUGAAGUUGGUGUUGAUAUUGUCAAAGACACUAUCAGUGGCUCCUCCUUUUACAGCUCCCUGAAUGAUACUGCCGCAUCCAUAUCCUUUUGCCUUCGCGUCGACUACGAGCUUGUUGCAGGCAAUGACCAGGAGUCCGUCAACUUUCAUGAAACAGUCGUGACUGUCACUGUUGAUUUGACGGCUGACUUUCGGCUUUCGGCCAUCGACAUUACCCGGGAGGGGGCCGCCAACGCCACUGAGACGGCGUCGCUUGACUACCCGGUGAAUGCCUACUUCUGCAACGACGGCGAUGUCCAGGUGCCCGGCCAGCUUUUGUCGCAAGGAAGCGCUCUCCAGUUCUGCGUGAAAAUCGACGACAGCGUUCUUGACGCCGUCUUCGUCGAGGACAUUUUGGAGGCCACCAUAUCGCAGCCCAACGCUAACGGCCGUGUCGGGGCCAGUGCAUCGAACAUUAUUACCGGAACCGUCGCCGACUCCUUGACGGAAAAGGCGUGUCGAGAACUGGGUAUCUGUAACGUCAAAUCCCAACUUCUUUCCAAAUUCUUUGCCGACGCGGAUCCUCUCGACCUUGAGGUAACUGGAACCGCCCUGUUGUCGUUUGGAUCGGCCUCAAUGAUGCCCAGCUCCUCGCCUGUGGCCGAUACCCGACGCCGCCUACGUGUCCCCAUUACCGCCACCAUCAACUCGAAGGAGUUGAAAGCCAUAAUUGACGCUCAGGCGGGGGAGGCCACUGGUAGCCACUUCGCCCGAAGCAACAAUGUAGCGAGCCUCGGUCGCGGACUUCAAGACGACAGUGCACAGUCGGAGUUUGGCCUCAUCGUUGGUCUUGUCAACGAAGACGCGGGACCUUCUGACACUAUCGAAAAUGAUGGCGGCAUUGAUGUGAUUGUGAUUGUCGGUAUUGUGCUUGUCAUUUCACUGCUGUCUGGGUGCUGCCUUUUCUUUUUCUGCUUCAUGAAGAAGCGCAAGGACAAGGAAGAGAAGGUGGAUGAGAAAACCGUGAUCCAGUAUGACAUGGAGGAGAACAAGCGUGACGAUCAGAAACAUCUUUCGUCCAAUCGAGGAAGUACUGGUGCUUCGCGCGGUACACCCUACCGUCCCGGAAACUAAACGAUACCGUCCUAUUCCAGCCGCGGCUUACAUCAACGACUUUGGCAAAUGAGAUGAAGAACGAAGCAAGAAAGCAACGACCCCGUACAAAGUUGCAACUCAUUUUAGAAUAUAAACAAAAAGAAAAAGUUCACGGAAACAGUACCUGGUAGAUAGAGAAUCGUCCAUUUCGUCGCAGAGCAUAUCCGGAUUGUUGUAACCCA